GUUUUUGACGAAGGCUCUUUCUCUUCUCUCUCUCUCUUCUUUUUUGUUUGUUCAAUUUUGGGGGCUAACUAUUAGCAAAAAGAAAGAAGAAAUGGGAGAGACGAAGCCAAAAGCCAGUGGUGUUUGGCCCACCGUGAGGCCUUUCGUCAAUGGCGGAGCCUCUGGAAUGCUCGCUACCUGUGUCAUCCAACCUAUCGACAUGAUCAAGGUCAGAAUUCAAUUAGGUCAGGGAUCAGCCACUGAUGUGACAAAGAACAUGUUCAAGAAUGAUGGUAUUGGUGCCUUUUACAAGGGGCUGACUGCUGGGCUGCUUAGACAAGCUACAUAUACAACUGCCCGACUUGGAUCAUUUAGGAUUUUGACAAAUAAAGCAAUUGAGGCCAAUGAUGGGAAGCCCCUACCUUUAUAUCAGAAGGCUUUGUGUGGCUUAACUGCUGGAGCAAUUGGAGCAUCGGUUGGUAGUCCAGCAGAUUUAGCACUCAUUCGUAUGCAGGCAGAUGCUACCUUACCUCUCGCACAGCGCCGGAACUACACGAAUGCAUUCCAUGCCCUUUAUCGUAUUGUUGCAGAUGAAGGAGUUUUGGCACUUUGGAAAGGUGCAGGCCCUACUGUAGUGAGAGCAAUGGCACUGAAUAUGGGAAUGCUUGCCUCAUAUGACCAGAGUGUGGAGUUCUUCAAGGAUUCUGUGGGUUUUGGUGAGGCUGCUACAAUAUUAGGGGCGAGUAGUGUUUCAGGAUUCUUUGCUGCAGCCUGCAGUUUACCAUUUGAUUAUGUGAAAACCCAGAUACAGAAGAUGCAACCUGAUGCUGAAGGCAAAUUCCCAUACACUGGUUCUUUAGAUUGUGCCAUGAAAACCCUGAAAGCUGGAGGGCCCUUGAAAUUCUAUACAGGAUUUCCUGUGUAUUGUGUUAGGAUUGCUCCCCAUGUCAUGAUGACAUGGAUAUUCCUCAACCAAAUCCAGAAGUUGGAGACGUCUGUUGGGUUGUAGUGUUUUUCAGAGAUAGAGAUCUAAAUUGGAGUUGAGCUCGAGCCAUCAGAAUAAUAAUGGGGUUUUGUGUUGUAUUUUCUUGCUGGCUUAGGUGACUUUUACCCCCCUCAAGUCAUACCAUUGCUUCAGAAAGAAUUAUUUUAUUGCAUCUUAAAUAAGUUAGAAUUUUUUUUUGGUGGGACUGAAAUAGAAUUUUGCAUAUUCCUGCGAGAUUAAUUUUGGAGAGUUAUUAUAUGGAAAUGCUUGAGAAAAAAAUUGUUCCGGCAAAAUUAUCUUUAUGUACUACUCCAAAUUAGCUAUAUAAACAGGUUUUUUUAGCAUCA